AUGGAAUGCAAUGAAUUUGGUUUUGCUGUAAAGGCAGGCAGUGGCCAUAACCUUGAUCUCAGCCUUGGGAUUUCUCAGCCUUCUUCUAGUCAAAAGGGCAAUGGCAAUCUGGGGGAUUUUCAAUCUGUUAGAUGGUCCUUUGAAGGGGAGGCUAUGCCAGCUUUGAAGCGAUGCGAGGAAAAAGAUUUAUUUGGAUAUGAUCUUGCGGUUGCAGCUGCAAAUUCAUUAUACCUUGAGUUCUAUAUGAAAAUACCUGUAGGAUGA